GAGGAAAGUGGCUUUUCACUUUCCUCCUUUGUUUGUAAGGUCUGUUUUGGGAUCUGGAGCCUGGAGAUUUCAAAGAGAUCUGGGAGGGAUGAAAUCUCCAAUCCUGGGACCAGGUUUUGGGAUAGGCCAGGAGACUGAUUGCACAGGUGUGUGCAGGCCUUUAGAGAGAGUCAGGACCAGGGUUCUAGGCUCCACCCCGGCAGCUAGGAGUCAGCAGGGCUCCACCCCGGCAGCUAGGAGUCAGGAGGGCUCCACUUGGAAGACAGGAGGUCGUCACUGCCUGGAAGGGAGGUGGAAGCCAGACUAGCUGUGUGCUAGUGGCUAU